AAAAAAACUUUUAUUGGUUAUAUGACUAUUCACUUUGUAGAUAAUGGGAGCUACUCUACUUGGAAUUCUUCUUUUAAAUUUUUAUUUCUCUUCAACUAUUCCAUGUUUCUAAAAAUAUCAAAUUUAGAUAUUUGUACCCUAUCGAAGUAAGGAACCAUGGCAUAUAUGUUUGGAAUAGAUUCCAUGAGUAGAAUAGCUUCCAUUUUGAGAGAGUUGAAAGCACUAUUUCAUUUCAUGUAAGAUAGUGAAGAACAGAGGACAUUUUGCUAUUUCCUUAAACAGAUCUUCCUUAGCAGAUUUAAUAAAUAAUUGAGAGUUUGCUACCAAUGAAGGAACAUAUAAGGGCUGAACAGAGAGAGUAUUCUUGACAAAUUUUCCUGCAGGGAUACUGCUUUUGAUUGAUAUAUGAUGUGAGAAAACUUUAAAUACAGAAGAAUGCAGCAUUCCUCUAAUUUUACCAAUUUUUGAAUGUUAAAUACUGUUCUCCGAUUUUAGUUAUUUUAUGGUCUUACUUAAUGUUCAAGUGUGCCUGUAUAUUUUUGUGUUGUGCUGAUUAUGUUCUCUUCUAAAGAAAACUAAUUGUAACCCUUUGUACAACUAGAUUUAUGGCUUUUCUUGGAUUGUACUGGUGGGAAUUGUUAUGAUUUUCAAGAUCUUUACCUUCAGUCCUAAAAGUUCCACCAACUUCCAGCUCAUGCUGCGAUUCUUUCAAGGAGUUACAGCUUUGGGACUUGUUGCAGCUCUUUGCCUUAUUGUGGCGCUUACUGAACUCUCUGUUUCUGAUUUGUUUGCUAGUGUGCUCGCCUUCAUUGCUACUGGUUGGGCCGUCCUUUGUCUGGCAAUCACAUGGAGGAGGGUAGUUUGGAGUUUGGGUCUCUGGGAAUCUGUGAAGGAAUUUGCUAGAAUGUAUGAUGCUGGGAUGGGCAUUAUUAUCUUUGCUCCAGUGGCAAUACUAUCGUGGUUCCCAUUUGUCUCUACCUUCCAGUCGCGCAUACUCUUUAACCAAGCAUUCAGUCGUGGUCUCGAGAUCUCUCUCAUUCUUGCUGGAAACAAGGCAAAUGUUGAACCCUCUGAAUUUUAGUUCAUAUAAAAGACCUACAACCAUGUAGAAUUUGUAUAGUUUUCAAAUUGUAGAUUGUAUCAUAUGCCUUUUGUCUAAUAUUCAUAGGAUACUUUAUAGCUACAUUAACUACUGUAGACACUUUGGCAUCUCAAGUCUCAUCUGUAGUUUGAUGUGACAUUUUGGCCAUUUAAGCCCUGUAAAGUGGAUGCAUGUGGAUUCUCAUUUAUUCCUCAUUCAUGCUUUCUGUCAAGGUAGUAAACAACUUCAUAGUUAA